CGGCAAGCUGCCAUUCUGACUCGUUUCCUACUUCCUUUCCCCAAACUGUUUCCCCCCCCCAUUUGAAAACAUGUCUGCAAAGCCUGGACGCGUGCUGCUUGCCUACUCUGGUGGAUUGGACACCUCCUGCAUCCUUGCCUGGCUGAUCGAGCAGGGAUACGAAGUGUAUGCAUUUAUGGCAGAUGUUGGCCAGGAAGAGGAUUUUGUUGCGGCAGAGAAAAAAGCUCUCAAAGUUGGAGCGAAGAAAUUUUUCUUGGAGGACAUGAAACGGGAGUUUGUCACAGAGUUGAUUUAUCCAGCUGUUCAAGCGAACUGUAUCUAUGAGAAUGUAUAUCUACUUGGAACAUCUCUUGCUCGACCCGUUAUUGCUCGCGGAAUGAUUUCUGUUGCUGAGAGGGAAGGAUGCGACUUCGUCUCUCAUGGCUGCACCGGAAAAGGAAAUGAUCAAGUCCGAUUCGAGCUCGCCUUUUACGGGCUCAAACCUGAUAUUAAGGUCGUCGCUCCCUGGCGGAUUCCAGCGUUCUACAAUCGAUUUGCCGGUCGAUCAGCACUUCUUGCAUACGCCGCCGAAAAAAACAUCCCUGUCGCACAGACAGCCGCUCAACCCUGGUCGACAGACGAAAACCUUUUCCACAUAUCUUAUGAAGCCGGCAUCCUCGAAGAUCCGAACACAACCCCUCCUGCCGAUAUGUGGAAGCUGACCGCUUCCCCCGAAGAAGCUCCUCAAACUCCCGAACGCCUCACUAUCGAAUUCAAAGCCGGCCUUCCGAUUAAGGUUGUGGUCGACAGCGGCAAGACCUACACGGAUGGUGUUGAGAUUUUCCUCGCUCUCAAUGACCUGGCAAGGAAGCACGGUAUCGGCCGUAUCGAUAUCGUCGAGAACCGAUUCAUCGGCGUCAAGUCACGAGGGUGCUACGAAUCUCCUGGUGCUACAAUUCUUCGUGCUGCUCACGUCGACCUUGAGGGUCUUACUCUCGAUAGGAAUGUACGAGCUUUGCGAGACCAAUUUGUUACGGUCGAACUUAGCAACAUCUUGUACAACGGUCACUUCUUCACACCCGAACGCGAGUUCAUCACAUCUGCCAUCCCUGCCAGUCAGAGGACUGUCAACGGUGUGGUUAAAGUCAAGCUUUACAAAGGGAAUGUCAUUAUUGAAGGUCGUGUAAGUGACGAGGGACUUUAUGACCCACGGCAAUCCUCCAUGGAUGAACUAGGAGGCUUUGAGCCCACUGAUACCACCGGUUUUAUUCAAAUCGAAUCCAUCAGGAUCAAAAAAUGGGCUCAAUCCAAUAUCAAAAAAGGCCAGGCCGGCGUCGAACCAAAAGAUGUAUAUUACACUCGCAUCUAA